CGCGUGCACGAGAUGGUCCGGUAAAGCCGCUCCUCGUGUCUCCAUAGCGACGACACCCCGGAAAUACAACACAACCCGUCAGUGGCGAUAAGCUCACCGCGUGUUUACCUGCCGCUCUGUUUAUCAAAGAGGAACUAAAUCAUAAGCGAGUUUCUUUGUUUGUUCGUCAGUUAAACCGGUAAACAUGUCGGAGCCUGAGGAGGAGCUCCAGGGAGAGCAGAGAGACAGCACGAAGAAGAAGAAGAAGAAAGAGAAACGAAGCGCGAAGAAGAAGAAGAAGGAGGAGGAGGAGAAGCGGGAGGAAGAGCAGGUGGAGGAGGAAGAGGAGGAGGAAGAUGAGAACAGUGAGUGUGUCAUGCUGCGUGGGAUCUUCAAACUGGGGAAGAAGAGUCAUGACGUCCUGCUCACCCGAACCAGGCUGACGUGGAUCCCCAUCACCCCGGAGACCCCCACAGCUGAGGUGUGUGUGCUGCAGCCAGGCGUGCUGCAGCUGCGCGACGUGUUCGCGGUGAAGGUGAAGCGGCGGCGAGCGGCGGGCCAGCAGUCGGGGGGCCCCGUGCUUGGCGUGGCCCUCUUCUGCUGCCGGAGGAGGGGGGGGAGGCUGGAGGAGGAGACGCUGCACCUCCACAACACCUCCGCAGAACACACACGAACCUGGUACAACACCCUGAAGAAGCUGCUCACAGAGUCCAGCAGUCGUCCCAGGUAUCUAAAGGUGUUCAUCAACCCCAGCAGCCACAAGAAGGAGGCCGUUCACAUCUACAGAGAACAUGUGGCUCCGCUCUUCAAGAUGGCCGACGUCCGCACAGACAUCACUGUGACAGAACGGAAAGGUCAUGCUCUGUCAGUGAUGAAGGAAUGCAAGCUGGAUGAAUAUGAUGGGGUGGUGUGUGUUGGUGGGGACGGGUCGGUGGCGGAGCUGUGUCACGCUCUGGUCCUCAGAGCUCAGCUGGAUGCUGAUUCUCCAGAGAAACCAGUGAAACCAUUGCUGCCACUUGGAAUCAUUCCUGCUGGUUCUACAGACGUGGUUUCCUGUUCUGUUCAUGGAGUCAGAGAUCCAGUCACUGCAGCCCUGCACAUUGUCCUGGGUCACCUGCAGCAGGUGGACAUGUGCAGCUUCUCGUCUCUCGGUCAGUUGGUGUGUUUCGGGUUCUCCGCCAUGUUCGGCUUCGGUGGGCGGAGCUUAGCGCGGGCGGAGAAGAAGAGGUGGAUGCCGUCGUCACGGAGGCGAGAGUACGCUCUCGUGAAGACGCUGGCGAGGCUGAGGCCAGAAGACUGUCAACUGUCUUUUCUACCAGCGAAGAAGUCAAACAGAGACCAGGACCCAGAGUCAGAAGUGGAGGAGUCUUGGACCACUAAUCAAGGCCUGUAUCUAAGCAUCAGCAUCAUGUCCAUCCCCUGUCUGAGUCCACACGCACCCCGAGGACUGGCUCCCAACACCAGUUUGGCAAAUGGCAGCGCGGCAUUGAUCGCAGUGGGAAACACUUCCAGGUCAGAGUUCAUCAAACAUCUGAAGAGAUACAGCAGCUCUAGUGGACAGUUCAGCUUCUCAUUCGUGGAGACGCAAGUCGUGUCAGCGGUGAGGAUUUGCCCCCGCUCUCUGAUUGGCUGGUCAGAGGAGGAGAGUGAGGAAGAGGGCGAGUCCAAAACCUCGCCCAUCAUCCAAUCAGAGGGAGCCGCCUUCCCCUGGAACAUCGACGGAGAGCUGGUGGAGAUUGCUAACGAAGUGCUUGUCAGGGUCCACCCGCAGCUCAUCACUCUGUACGGGGAGGAGGUGAACGAGGCCGAGUCGACCGUCUCCUGCAGCUGCAUCUGAGGCCGGCAGAGGACAAAGACACAUCGGCAUGGUAACCACACUGACUGAACAGUGCCCUCUCCAUGGCGAUGUCAACUUACGUAGAAAAAAAACACAUAAAAGUAGCGGCUUUCUGUUCACAUAUGAUUGAGGUAACUUCAACCUUUGUAUUAAUGUUUUUUGUAUAAGUUCAUGUUUACAUUUUAAUCACCAGCUCGUUUAUUAAUAAUAUUGAUAUUUUUGUUUUUUAUUACAUUUUUCAUUUCAUUUUGUUUUUUCAUGAACAAUUUCUGUUACUGCUGCAGAGAGCAAACAACAUCAGUAGUUGAAACUAUAAACGUGUGAGCUAAAAAUAGUUCAUACAAUCCAAAAUUGUGAGUAUUGAUUAAAUAAUAAUAAUAAAUGUUUGUUGGUGAUAGUCGAGCAGCUUUCUGGUCAGAUGAGAAGAACCAGCAGACUGGAUGAACUUAAAGUGUCCAAAGACUGUAAAAGUUAGAUAUUUUAAUAUAACAGAGCCGUUUGUUUUUGUAUUAGAAACUCUUGCAGUUUUUUAGUGUAACAGCUGCAAUCAUGAUGAUUUAAAAAAAAAAAAAAAAAACAAGAAAAAGUUUAAAUAGAAAACCCUUAAUUUUAAUAGAAAAGUUUUGAUAAAAGCAGUGAGAAUCUCCAGUGCAGAACAACUUCACAUGAAAAUAAAACAAACUCAUUUAUUAAAAUAUUAAUUAACACAUUAA